AUGGGUGACAAAGACAUGGAGACAGUGACACGAGGACAUGAGGACAUGGGCCAACCUGGAGACACUGUCAAGGUCACCUGCUCUGGGAUUAGCUGGCCUUACACUGCCUGGUACCAGCAGAAGGUCCCUGGCAGUGGCCCUGUCACUGUGAUCUAUCUCAAUGACAAGAGACCCUCGAACAUCCCUUCGCGAUUCUCCGGAUCCCAGUCCGGCUCCACGGCCACAUUAACCAUCACUGGGGUCCAAGCCGAGGACGAGGCUGUCUAUUUCUGUGGUAGCAGGGACGACAGCAGUGAUGCUGGCAUAGUGACACAGAGAGGCGUGGAAAUGAGCUCUAGUGGUGACUUAGUGUCUGUGGACCAUUGUCCUGGUCCCUACAAAAUUCACAGUGUGGCUUUGUCUCCUACUUCAACAGCAUCACUGAGUCAGCCGUCCUCAGUGCCAGCCAAUGUGGGAGACACCAUCAAGAUCACCUGCUCUGGUAACAGCUAUGACUAUGGCUGGUUCCAGCAGAAGGUCCCUGGCAGUGCCCCUGUCACUGUGAUCUACUACAAUGACAAGAGACCCUCGGACAUCCCUUCGCGAUUCUCCGGAUCCAAGUCCGGCUCCACGGCCACAUUAACCAUCACUGGGGUCCAAGCCGAGGACGAGGCUGUCUAUUUCUGUGGUGGCACAGACAGCAGCAGUGGCUACUAUGGUGUGUAG